CGUUCCAUUCCCUUGCCGUCAACCCAGAUGAUGCAGCAUCAUCAGUGACCUCUCUUCCGAGGUAUCAACCAUGCAGAGAACAGCUUUUACUUUACCAAUCUAGACCAACCCUUUUCACAUAGCAUUGUUUCUUCACCUGGGUCGGAUCUAUAUUGUUGAAAUUGGCAUCAUGGAGGACGAUAAAUACUCUCUGGAAUUGAAUGUGGCCGUGAGGGUGGUGCAUAUGGCAUGCUCACUCUGUCAAAAAGUCCAAAAAGGAUUGCUUUCUUCUACAUCCUUCGUUCAAUUCAAGUCUAAAGAGGAUAAUUCCCCUGUCACUAUCGCUGAUUGGAGUGUACAAGCCAUGGUAAGCUGGAUCUUGUCAGAAAUAUUUGGGAGCCAGAACAUCUCCAUAGUUGCUGAAGAAGAUGUUCAAACUCUUUCAAAGCCUGAAUCAGCAGGUCUGUUGGAAAUGGUUGUCAACACCGUGAAUGAAUGCCUAAGUGAAGCACCCAGAUUUGGUCUUAAAAGCCCAGCUCAAGCUCUUGGGCCUUCACAAGUUCUUGAGGCAAUUGGCAGGUGCAAUGCAGCCGGAGGUCCUCUUGGUAAGCAUUGGGUCCUUGAUCCUAUCGAUGGAACGCUAGGAUUUUUGCGUGGGAGCCAGUAUGCUAUUGCUCUUGCCUUGAUUGAUAAUGCAGAAGUUGUUAUUGGAGUUCUUGGGUGCCCUAAUUACCCAGCUAAAAGAAACUGGCUUGUUAAACACGAGCAACAAAGUCAUGCCGUGCCAGAAUUGUCAGUGACUAACCCUGGUAUAUGGGAAGAAGGGUGUAUCUUGUACACAAGGACAGGUAGUGGUGAAGCUUGGAUGCAGCCACUUGUCCAGGGUGAUAAAAAGCUUGUCUGGCCAAAUUCUGCAAGAUUAGUGCGAGUUUCUUCUAUUCAGGAUCCAGCACUGGCUACUUUCUGUGAGCCUGUGGAAGAAGCUAAUUCAAAUCAUUCCUUCACAGCCGGACUUGCUCAAGCCGUUGGGCUAAGAAAGAAGCCGCUCCGUGUUCAUAGCAUGGUGAAAUAUGCAGCAAUAGCUCGGGGAGAUGCUGAGAUUUUUAUGAAGUUUGCCAGAGCGGGCUACAAGGAGAAGAUAUGGGAUCAUGCUGCUGGUGUUCUCCUUGUACAGGAGGCUGGUGGUGUGGUAACUGAUGCAGGAGGGCGGCCACUGGACUUUUCGAAGGGAAUGUACCUUGAAGGGCUUGAUAGGGGUAUAGUCGCUUGCUCCGGUGUAAAGCUGCAUGAAAAAAUUAUUGGGGCUGUUUAUGCUAGCUGGGACUCAUCUAAUCUAUGACCGAUAGUCAUUUUGUCCACCAUCGCAAAUAAGCUUAGUCAUACUGAAUCAAUGCUGAGCGGCAUGGUUCACCAAAUCAAAUGUACAUCUGGAUGCAGCCAGCUUGAAGAUGGCUUCACCUGUGGCAAGUACAAUAUCUCCCUGAAUCACCCUGUCCAUGAGAAGGAAGAGAGCAUGCAAGCUUUUGGCAAGCAACGUUUUGCUUUCUCCCACUGGAAUCCGGACUAAAUUUCUUACACAGUUUUGGACAACAAUUAUUGGCAACCCUGUGAGGCUAUGAUGUAUUUUGAUUGUUAAACUCUUGAUGCAAGUCAUGUCUGGACAAUCGAUUCUUGAUUUGCAGUCUUUGCUGCUCUUCCUCUGUCUCUCUCUGUCCAUUUCGACAAGAUUUGUGAGCUUCUCUGUACUGUUGCAGUUUUGUGUCAUUCAUGACACUUCUCAUCAUAUAAUUGCUGUUACCAGAAAUCCA